ACUGCGAUGCUUAUGAAAGAGUAUUCCUCAGCGCAUGCGCAGUAAGCAGCGACACACUAAAAACAGGCAAAAACAAAACUGGACGGACUAGAACAGACACAUUACAGCAAUGAGCAACAGCAAAGUAGCUCUGGUCACUGGUGCAAAUAAAGGCAUCGGGUUCGCAGUCGUGCGGGCAAUGUGCAAACAGUACGCCGGGGACGUGUACCUGACAGCCCGGGAUGCUGGUCUAGGAACCGCAGCGGUGGACAGUCUGAAGAAGGAGGGGCUGACUCCUCUUUUCCAUCAGCUGGACAUCAAUGACCCAAACAGCAUCCGUACCGCACGGGACUUCUUCAGAGAGAAGUACGGGGGCCUGGACGUGCUCGUCAACAACGCUGGGAUCGCCUUCAAAAUGGCGGACACAACUCCCUUUGGGAGCCAAGCAGAAGUGACUCUGAAGACCAAUUUCUUUGCUACUAGAGAUAUGUGCAAUAUGUUCUUGCCCAUUAUCAAACCAGGAGGUCGGCUAGUGAAUGUCUCCAGUGGGAUGGGCUCGGUGGCUUUAAGCCGCUCCAGUCCAGAACUCCAGGCCCGUUUCCGAAGCGAUGACAUCACAGAGGAAGAACUGGUUGGGCUGAUGGAGCGAUUCGUUCGUGACGCUCAGGAAGGGGUUCAUUCAGAAAAAGGCUGGCCCAGCACUGCGUAUGGGGUCUCCAAAACCGGCCUCACCACCCUGACUAGAAUCCUAGCCCGAAAUCUGAUGAAAGAGAGGCCUGGAGAUAAGAUCCUAUGCAAUGCCUGCUGUCCAGGAUGGGUCAGGACUGACAUGACUGGACCAAAUGCUACCAAAUCUCCAGAUGAGGGCGCCAUCACCCCAGUAUACUUGGCAUUGCUGCCUUCAGGGGCCAAAGAGCCUCAUGGGCAGUUUGUUUCAGAGAAGAAGGUGCAGCCCUGGUGAGAGCAAGAAAGAGAAAAUAGGUUGUGUUUGUUUCUGUUGAAAAGAUAGAGUCAAGUUCAGACACAUUCAGACUAACCUCUCCAGUUUCAGACAGUCUAGUUCUAGAAAGUUUUGGUCUGAACUAAGAAUUCAGGCACUCAAAAAACACACAAAGUUACUAUGCAUUGUGUAAUUUCUUAUUAUCGUAAAUAAAACAC